CUCGUGGCUCUCUUCGUUCUGCUCAUCUCCUCCGCUCGUAAUCCCUUCCACUGUCCUUCGAUGCCUUCGCCUCCGUAGCUCGGUAACUCCGCCUUCGGACGUUCUUCUUCUUCUUCGUCCUCUUCCUCGCCUCUGAGUUGAGUUUCUUGGCCAAGCUAUGGCGGUGAAGAAGGCGGCCGAAUCGUUCUCCAAGGCGCUGGCAGAGGAGGUGCAGCGAUGGGGAAGCAUGAAGCAGAACGGGGUUAGCCUCCGAUACAUGAUGGAGUUCGGAGCCCGGCCAGACCAGAAUAACCUCCUCAUCUCCGCCCAGUUCCUCCACAAGGAGCUCCCGAUUAGAAUCGCCCGGAGGGCUAUUGAGCUGGAGUCCCUGCCCUUCGGCUUGUCCGAGAAACCCGCCGUGUUGAAGGUCAGAGAUUGGUAUCUGGAUUCUUUCCGCGAUCUCCGGUCAUUUCCCGAAAUCAAAGACACAAACGAUGAAUUAGCUUUUACCCAAAUGAUUAAGAUGAUCAAGGUGAGGCACAACAAUGUGGUACCAGCUAUGGCUUUAGGAGUACAACAGCUAAAAAGAGACCUGAAACUCAAGGUCAUGCCAACAGAACUACAAGAGAUUCAUCAAUUUCUUGACCGUUUUUACAUGUCAAGAAUUGGUAUUCGCAUGCUUAUAGGGCAGCAUGUGGCGUUGCAUGAUCCUGACCCAGAACCAGGAUGUGUCGGACAAAUAAACACUAGACUUUCUCCGAUGCAAGUUGCACAAGCUGCUAGUGAAGAUGCUCGCUGUAUCUGUUCCAGGGAAUAUGGGAGUGCUCCUGAGGUUAAUAUAUAUGGAGAUCCAAAUUUCACCUUCCCGUAUGUUCCUUCUCAUUUGCACCUUAUGGUCUUUGAGUUGGUAAAGAACUCUCUGCGUGCGGUUCAAGAAUGUUUUAUGAAUUCUGAUAAGAAUGCCCCUCCUGUUAGAAUUAUUGUCGCCGAUGGGAUUGAAGAUGUUACAAUAAAGAUAUCAGAUGAAGGGGGUGGCAUACCAAGAAGUGGUCUUCCAAAGAUUUUCACAUAUCUCUAUAGCACUGCUAAAAAUCCACUCGAGGAAAAUGAUGAAGGAAGCUCAGAUGGAGUAAUCAUGGCUGGUUAUGGUUAUGGGCUUCCAAUUAGUCGUCUCUAUGCUCGCUAUUUUGGUGGUGAUUUACAAAUGAUCUCUAUGGAAGGAUAUGGGACGGAUGCUUACCUUCAUCUCUCUCGGCUUGGAGACUCACAAGAACCCCUUCCAUAGGGCCAAUUCUUGCUCAUUAAGAAGUUAUCAAUUGUGAGUUGCUGAUUCAACCUAUUGUGCUCACAAAUUCCUGUUGCGCUGCUCUACAAAUGAUCUUCCAGCGAUGAUCACCCCUCGGAAUCUUGAUGGUGAAGGAAUAACAUUUGUGUAUAUAAACUUGUGCUUCUUGCAUCUCGCGAGUUAUUUGUGUUAGCUUUCAUGCUCAGUUUUUUUCUUUCUUUUUGUCCAAUUGUCUAGCUGCUUGGAAGGUAACUGAACCUAAAUUCCACGUUUCUAAUUCAGGAUAUGCAUCAGAAAAAUUGUCUCUAGAAUUGUACUAACUACUAAAUCCUCAUUCUUUAAGGUAGUUGAUUAGAUUUUUCA